GCGAGGCAGGAUCUGUGUAUCUGGAGGAGCAUGCUGAGCAAUUGACGUGGAUGGACCAGCCUCCUUUUCUGGGCUGAGAGGUCCACAAAGAGACCUGCCACCCGGUCACUGGCGAGGAAUCGGGAGCCUAGAGCCUGGAGCCUGGAGCCUCGUCUUGCGGCAUCUGGGCCUGAAAUACACAGUAGAGCACUUUCAGACGCAGGUCUAGAGUCGGAAGGCUGGCCGACGUGCCUUUCCGCCGACACUGAUGUGUUCGGCUGCGGAGUGUGUGGUGCCACACGUUUCCUGAUGGGACUCGAUAUUCUCGGUGCGUGUUCUCGCCCGCGCAAUCUCCGAGGCGGGCAUGGCGGGACAGGAAAUACGACGAGUUGGCUGCGGCUCUCACAUCUUUGAAACUUUUAUUCCCGCCGGCACUUUGUGAGACGGAUGGGGAUCUUGGGUUGUGGAUACUGGAUGGCCUCUGCCGUGUUCUGGAUCGUGACAAGAGUCGGCCGAGUCGAGCAAGAGGGAGGGCCUGAGUGGGUGCGGUGGUAAGCAGGGCGAAGCUGAGUGGCCAGAGGGCAGGGGGCGAGUCUCUUUGGCGGCGCGGGUGGGUCAGAGUGGGUCUCAGGGCGUGUGGCUCCCGUCUGGGGAAGCGGGGAAGCCUUGACGCUAAUCGACCCACUCAAUCCGCCUUGUAGUGUAAGACCCCCGGUCCAGAAGGGUAAGGGGUCGUGAGGGUCUUGCUGCUUGUUAUAGGGGGAGGGCAGUCAGCCUGGAGUGUUGGAGAUGCCCUGGAGAUGGUCCUCCAAGAGCUGUAUUCUCAACGAACAACGGUGGUGUCUGGCGUUCUGACAACGCCUCCAGCCCCAGGGUAGCAGCUCCAGGGCACCGGCCACAGCGUCAGGCAGGCUGGCAGGCAGUCAGGCCACGGCAGGACCCUCCUGGCGCCAGAUGGCAUGAUGCCCCUAUGCAUCGACACGGCCCUGACGUCGCCUGCCUGGUCCUGAUUGGGCAGACGUGGCACCGGGCAGGCAUGUUGCUGCGACGCGACCCCGCUCGUUUGGGCAGUCGACCUGGGGCACAAGGGCUGACUGGCUGGCUGGGCACAGGGCCUGUGUGUUGGAGGAGAAAGACACCAGAGAGAAAGACGAGACGGGACGGGCACCAGCGAUGAGUCCUGUUGGAGAAUGAUGCUUGCCUGGGAUGUGUCCAGCUGACCUGACCACCCAAGCUUCCAGGGGGGCUACGAACUCAAUAAGAAGACCACUGUCCUUCGUUUUCUACAUCACCACCCUCUUUUCCUCCCGCCACACAAAUCUUCCCCAAUUUACGCGGUUCGUCUCUUGCAACCAUACGAGUUAUUAGAGUAUAGAUGAGAAAGAAGUAGAGGCUAUUCCUACUGAGUCCCCGAGUUUCAUCAGUUCAAUCUGCCAAACAAAAGGACAACAAUUGCUGGAAACCCCACCAGCAAGACCAGACAAGCCAGCACACAACCACAGGCACAUCAGCCCCAGUCGAAACAACCCCCUUCUCCCACAAAAUGCCCGUCCGCAUCCCCGCCGCCCGCUCUACAGAGCUCUACACCUUUGCCGGUGCAGGCGCCUUCGUCCUGGCCCCGCUCUACAUGCUGAUGCCGGGCGCCACGGAGCGCAUGGCCACCCAGACCGCCCGCUGGGCCCCUCGCUGGGAGCGCAACAUCAGCUACUUUACCGCCCCUGUCGAGCGCACCACCCAGCGCAUCACCCCUCCCGUCGAGCGCACCGUCAAGCGUAUCGACAGCCGCCUGCCCCUCGGCUCCGUGGCCCGUGGCGUCGACAGCCGCAUUCGGCGAGGCAUGACCCGCUUCGGCUGGGCUCCUCCCCCUCGGAGCGCCUGAGCUGGCCUUGGUCUCUUCUUUCUCUUCCCUGUCACUUGGGGCAUGUGGGGUCGAGGAUCAGACGUGAUCUGAGUGCAUUGGAUGCGGAACUGUUCUCAGUCGGAGCUGUAUCGAAUCUUGUAUAGGACAACAUGAUUUGGGCGUGGCUGGUGGUGUCCAGGCUGAGCACCCAUGAAGAAAAGGCGAAGGUGAAACCUAAUCGUCGGCCAUACUUAAGUAGUCAGCCAUGCUGCUUAACCCUCGUUGAACAGCAUUGGGGUCACACCCCAUGGUAUUUUCAGAAGUACUACGUACAUCUGGACUACCCUCACUGUCACGAAUAUUGAGCUUCGGACAGGAAUAUAGCUGGCAAACAUACGUCAACUCCAAAGGCUCAAACAAUCCGACCGUGAUUCAUCUUGUAUUUGACGCCACUUGCCCCUCUUUUCAUUGGUCUAUGCCGCCGUCCAGAUUAUACUCAUCUGAAAUGGUGUUGCUUAUUAGUCCAACACCCUGACCGAUGCUGCCUAUACCGGCAUACAUAUUCUCAGGUUGGUGUCCAACUCCAAGUCCGAGCACUGGCAGCAAAGAGGUUAGUCGCCUUGGCUGUCAUGAUAUAUCACGCAGCGCGCGCGAACACACAUCUCUGUACACCAUGUGAAUCACGAUAUCUUUCACUGCAAAUGGUAUGACUAGGUAUGGAUAUAAGCAAG